AUGGCGGCCAUCUCCAAGAUGUCAGAGGGAGGCAACGAACCUCAGGAAGAUCUCAUAACUGAGGAACUUGACCAGCCUGAGAGAGGACACGACCAGGAGGAACGUAACCAGGACCUCGGUGAGACUCAGAAUCUUUCCAAUCACCCCCGGUCUGCAGUUCCUCGCCAGCCCAUUUCUGCCGAAGAGUACGAGGCCUGGCGGAGACGUUCCCUCGAUCAUCAGCGCUCUGGAUUCAAUCUUUACUCGGUCACGGAACCGGACCCAGUUCGAGGACCCCCUCCGCCAUAUCCUUACGAGGAGGCAGCUGAGCCUAGUAUCAGAGCGCUCGCGCGUGAUCCGAACUUGAACGGAGAAACCUCUGGCAGGCACUUUCUGUAUCAUCAUCUUCGAACUCGGCGCAGAGUUCCACUUGUGAACGGCGUCCCACGUCUGACCGAACAUCAGGCUCGUGCCACUAGUGACGCCCGUGAUCCUCCCCCAUACUCUCGAUUUGAAAGCUCUGAACAGCAUCCGAGACGCUAUCAGCCAGGAGUAGUGCGGAGCCUUACAGGCAUCGAUCGUGACCUCGCUCGAUUCCCUCAAUUUACUCAAUUUAUGCGCGCUCAACGGCGUCUGGACCGCAAUCAGCCAAGUGCAAGUGCAAUACAGGAUCUUUCAGGAGACCCUGAGCUCCCCCCCUACUCUUCACCCGAGGACUUCGCACAACAGCUGAGAGGCAACCUGAGAGGCCGCCUGUCAGAGAGAGACUACCUGUGGAGAGCAUUCGUAACUGUUUACGAAGCAGCUGAGCACGAUCUGGAGGAGGGCCAGCCAGGACCCGUCCGAACUCUUCCUGAGCUGUACAGACUGUUCGAACUCCUCUUUGCCAUGCCCGCUCCGAGAGGCAACCCCAGACCCUGA